GUGAUUUUUCAGCGCAUGUGUGGGUACUAAACAUCAUGAUUCUCGUACAAUGGAUUGAUAUCAAAAUAGUCAAACAAUUUGUUUUGAUAGUGAAUUUCCUUGCUGCUUUUAUUCAUUUUAGAGAGACUAUAAAGGUAUAUUCAAUCACAAUAAAAUGGUGCAGCAGUGCUAUUUGUGUAAAAUCAGGCUGGAGCGGAAUCUUUAAAAUUUCAUUCAACCCGGAAAGGAGAAAAAGGUGGUUGUCGGCCCUUGGAUUCGAGGAAAACCAUCAAUUUCCUAAGAGGGUGGAGCUAUGUUCCAAGCAUUUUGGAGAAAAUGCGUUUGUUUAUGGAAGUGAGGGACAAAAGACACUCAAGCGGGAUGCGAUUCCUCUCAUCUCUCAUUCUUUGUUUGAUCCUGCAGUAAGCACCAGUUCAGAAUGAUCUGUAAGUCCAGAGAAGCAAGAAGACUCAGAUUGUAGUACUAUAUCUGCCAUUUCAAUCACUUGUGAGGGGACUCCUGCGAAAAAAAGGUAAGUUUAAUUUAUAUUCUCUAUCAUGUUAUUUUGUAGUAUAUUGAAAUUUCUAUGAAAUUGAACGUUUCUGAAGUCCUACAUCGAUAUGGAAGCAUUUUAUAUUUGCUGAAUUGAUAUCGUAGAUGGAAAAAAUACCACCAUUGUAGGUUCAAGUACAUCAAGAAGGUAUUCAGGAAAUUAUCUAGGGUUUUAUAAUGAUUUAAAUAGAGCUUUCCUCAAGCUGUACCAUAAAAAAGAUGAUGAAGUUGAAACUCAUUCAGUUUGAUAUAUGCCUUAAUAUAACCCUUACUAAAUGUUUGAUAAGUCCUAAUCAGCAGUAUUCUAUUGUAUUCAACCUUUGCAAUUCUUGUAACAUAGAUUUUAUUUUGGUGUACUUAUUUUUAUUCAAUAUUAUUCUCAUAGCUUUAUUUUGCAAGACUUGUAAUUUUGAGAAUACAGCUUCAUUGGCAGUGAACGAGAUAGUUGAACAGUAUAGUAAAUGCGGUAAAAUAAUUGUAUUAUAAACUAUUUUCUAGGAAUAGGCUUUUGUAUCCUGCUCACUCAAUAGAGUUCACGUAAGUAUUCCAAUUGAACUAGAUAUUGCACAAAUAUGAGUAAUAUAUUUGUUAGUACACAACUUCGUACCGUUUUUUUUUGUGAUGCU